AUGGAGGAAAACUUCGGAUAUCGGCUGCGCAUUAAAGCCUUGAAAAUGGCUAAAGACGGGAGCCGCUAUGUGGCUUUGGCCAUCUCGCCAGACAUAAUUGCAUGCACGGCGGCAGCACUGCCAUCAACGAAUUGCCUAAACCGAGCCAUCAGAAAAGGCCAGCAAUUUCUGGUUAAACGUAUGCUGCGGAGGCGUCCGAGCCUAAUAGAAUACCCCGCUUCGAACGGAUUCCUGCCACUUGCCAAUGCAAUUAUUGGGGGGGAGAUGUGCAUUAUUGACGUGCUGCUAUCGGCCGGCUGCAGCGUUCAUCUAGGAAAUCCAGCAAGUGGCCGAACACCGCUUCAUCUGGCUUUCUAUUACGGUCACUUGCCCUCCGCCCGCAUUUUGCUGAACAAGAAGGCGGACUUGGAGGCGACCGACACCAAUGGCAUGACCCCAGCGCACUGCGCCGUCGAUGGCAAUCAGUUGGAAAUGCUUAAAUUUGCUCUAGAGGCGGGGGCGAACGCGGAGGCCAGGGACAUCUGCGGCUGGACCCUUCUUAUGCGAGCAGUGAUUAUGGACGCUAGCUUGGCUCUCAUUAAAGCUCUUGUUACACAUGGCGCAGACCUGGCGGCUUUGGAUGCCGUGGGCAAAUCCUGCGCCGACUUGGCAAAACUUUAUCGCCGGCAGGAGGUAAAGGAUUACUUUGAAAAGGUGCAAAAGUUUAGGCUGGAAAAGUCUGCCGCAGACGCCCUGACAAAGCCUGGAAUGCAGUAACAACUCUCCCAAAAGAAGUUUCAGGGGUGACAGCGAAAAUAAAAAGGAGGCUUUUAUGGGGGCUCUAAGCAAUUAACAUAAAAACCAGAGAGAACACCGGG